CUUCCCGAGGAAGCUGGGAGCCCGCUGCUGCAUUGCAGGCUUCCAGGACCGCUGCCGGCGGGAGCGGUGAGGGCGAGUUGGGAGUGUGUUCCCGGCUGCCUCCCGAGUUCUGUCUUUGUUUCCCGGGCGUCGGGCAGUCGAACUGGCCGGAGAAAGUGAGAAGCACGCAGCUGGAGGUUGGGGCGUGGGGGGUGGGCGGGGAUCGCCGUCCGAUGGGGGUGUCUCAGGUCUCCCCGAGCCUCCUCAAAGCCCCCUCCUCCUCCUCCUCCUCCUCCUCCUCCUCCUUGCAAUCGCGGACACUGACAUUGGGAGGCGUGGGACCCCGCAAGGACAAACGGAGAGCUCGUCCUUCCGGCAGGAUCGGUCCGUGGGAAACAGGGAGAGCGAACUCUCCAGCUGAAUUUUCAGGUCCACUGCAUGAAGAGUGCCUGAGCCCUGCUGGAGCACAGCACCCCGUAAGAUGGAGAAGACAGAAGCCAAUGACCAGGUCCCUGUGGGGGAGGAGGAGCGGGGCCCCCCGAAGGGGCACCCCUACUCCGUGGAGACCCCCUACGGCUUCCACUUAGACCUGGACUUCCUCAAGUACGUGGACGACAUCGAGAAGGGCCACACGCUCCGCCGCAUCCCCAUCCACCGCCGGCACAAGCAGGCCAAGUUCAGCACGUUGCCCCGCAACUUCAGCCUGCCGGACACCGGGGCCCGGCCUGCUGCGGCCCCGGGGCCCCUGCACUGGACCCCGGCGGCGCGGCCGCAGAAGGGGCUGCUCAGGACGGAAGAGGGGGCCCCCUCCCUGGGGGACGCCCCCCAGGCCGCCGCCGCGGGCGGGAACGAGGUCAGCUACCACCGCCAGGCCCUGCUGGCCGAGACCGCCCGGCAGCUGGACGCGGCGGGCCUGGGGGGUGCGGAGCCCGGCUGCGCCGGCAGUCGCCCCCAGCUGCUACGGGCUUGCAGCCUGCCCGCCGCCCUGCCGCCCCCGGGGGUCGCGGAGGAGCGGGGUCCACCCGCAGACACUACCGCCCCCGCUCUGGCCCCCCGGCCGCGCCCCGGGGGAGGGGGCGUCUGGGAGGGCAACUUCAGCCCCGCGGAGGGAGGUGCAGAUUUCCGGGGCUCGAACUCAGUCAUGCAACCCAGAGUCCGAGAGUUUGCAGACUCCGAGUCGGGGGUCCCAGAGCUGGGCCGGGCCGAGGCCCCGCCCCCGCCCUCUCUCCCAGCGCCUCUGACCUCGUCCCAGAAGACGCUCGGCGUGCUAGAAGAGGCCGAGGACGGCGCCCACGGUGCGGGCACGCGGGCGGUGGUCGGCCCCCCCGACGCCCCCAGCCCCAGCCCCCCGCCGCUGCCGUCUCCCCUCCCCCACGACCCGCGGCCCCCCGAAGACAUCGAGCUGAGCAUCCGCGAGCUGCCGCCGCCGCCGCCGCCCCCCAUCGAGGUCCACGUGCGGAGCGUGGGCAUCCGCGUGACCGAGGAGAGCCUGGGCCUGGCCAGGAGCGAGCCCCACGGCCUCGCCAGCCUCAAGCGGCAGCUCUGCAGCCUGGAGGCCGAGCUGGCCGAGAGAAGCCGGGAGCUGGCCCGGGUCCGAGCCGCGCUCCGGCAGCGGGAGGAGGAGAGCCGCAGCCGCGAGCAGCGGAUCGAGGAGCUCCAGGGCACCGUGGCGCAACUGGCCGCAGAGCUCGGCCGCGGAGCCGCCGGGGGCCGGGCUGAUGCCGUGGUCAGCACUGACCCUCUCCCGGGAGCCUCGCCCAAGGAGUCGUGCGACAAGAGCGUGGGGGUGGCCCUUGGGGGCAGCCCCGGCUCUGAGAGCCGGGAAGCCGGGGUGGAGGACGAUGGCCUCCGGGGGGCAAAGGACCGUCCCCGGAGAGGGGAUCGGAGCCCAGCAGCGCUCGGGUCACCCCCUCUGCUGUCCCCGGCCAGCAUCCCCUCUCGGCGGAGCUGCCUCUCCACCGAGCUCAGGAUUGAAGAGGGGGAGUUUGAGCAGGAGGGUGAGCUUCCGGCCCUGGACACGGGCGGUGCGUCGUGGAGCGGUGGCCGGAAGGACCCUGCCGCCGCCGUCGCCGGGGAGGGCCCAGGGGCCAGCUCCGAGCAGGCGCACCCCGGGCGGCCCCCCAGCUCGCCCACGGACGCCACGCUGGGCCAGUACGUGAGGAAGAUCCAGGAGCUGGUGCAGGAGCAGUGGAGCUGCCUGGAGCACGGCUACCCCGAGCUGGCCAGUGCCCUCCGCCAGCCGGCGUCCAAGCUGAGCAGCAUCCAGAGCCAGCUGCUGAGCUCCCUCAACCUGCUGCUGUCCGCCUACUCCGCCCAGGCCCCCGCGCCCGCGCCCGCGCCGGCCACCUCGCCGUCCGUGGAGCUCUCUCCAUCGACCAGCCUUAAAUCCAUAAUGAAAAAGAAAGACUAUGGCUUCCGUGCAGGAGGUAAUGGGACCAAAAAGAACCUUCAGUUUGUUGGGGUUAACGGUGGCUACGAGACCACCUCGAGCGAGGAGACGAGUGGCGAGGACAGCUCCCCGGAGGACCGGUCGGACAGCGAGGCCGAGAAGGGUGACGGCGCCCCGGGCCGCCAGCGGGGCACGGAGCCGCCGCCUCCCGAGGGCCCCCGCGACGACGCUGCCCAGGAAAGCAGGUCUGCAGGAGAAGCGCCCACCCCCAAGGCUGAGAGGUAUAAACCCUCUGAGGAAUUCCUUAACGCAUGCCAGGUGCUGAGCCAACAUCUGCCGGAUGCAGGGCCCACCACAGACCCUCUCUUGAGGCAAAGCCUGCGCACCGUCAGCCAGGAGUGGUUCCGCAUCUCCAGCCGGAAGUCGUCCAGCCCCGCGGCGGUGGCCGCCUACCUCGGGGGGCUGCAGCCCCACCCGGCCCCCUUCCUGAGGCUGCUGGUGAACCUGGCGGACGGCAACGGCAACACGGCGCUGCACUACAGCGUGUCCCACUCCAACUUCGCCAUCGUGCGGCUGCUGCUGGAGACAGGCGUCUGCGACGUGGACCUCCAGAACAGAGCCGGCUACACGGCCGUGAUGAUCACGCCCUUGGCAUCUGCGGAGACUGACGAAGACAUGGCUGUCGUGUGGAAGCUCCUUCGAGAAGGAAAUGUGAACAUCCAAGCUACUCAGGGGGGCCGCACGGCGCUGAUGCUGGGCGUGAGCCACGACCGCGAGGACAUGGUGCAGGCGCUGCUGAGCUGCCAGGCAGAGGUCAACCUGCAGGACCACGACGGAGCAUCCGCCCUGAUGCUGGCCUGUCACCACGGCAACGCCGACAUGGUGCGCCUGCUCCUGGCCCACCCGGCCUGCGACAGUGGCCUGACUGACAAGGCCGGCCAGACAGCUCUGUCCAUUGCUCUGAAGUCACCCGCCCAUGGGGAAAUUGCCGGGCUGCUGCGAGCCCACGCGGAGAGAGGCUGCUCCCCGGAGCCCUAAGGGCUGUGCGGGAACUGGGCGCCCUUCUCGGCACUCCUCGCCCACCCGCCCGCCCACGGAGAGGGCACAGGUCACAGCCAGCGAGGAGGAACUAUGUCAGCUAUGCGCAUCCAGUCCUGUGGACCGUUCUGCUCAUGCGAGAGCUUUGUAGUUUGCCCCCUUAGGUCCGGCCCCCAAACGACUCGGGCUAAGAGCAGGGUGCAAGGUACAGGGUGCCGGGGUGUUUGCUACAAACUCCGAACAUCCUCAGCCUUGAAUUCCCGGGACUCGACCGUUGGGAUCGCCAGCAGGCGGGCGGGCGGGCACACAUAAGCCAAGCAAGGAGGUUGCCACUGCACCGUCUGGUUGUUUCGGAAACCUGGAUACAGGUCCACGUCCCCAUGAGUCUGUGUCUAGAGAGGAAGGAGAGUGAAGAUCCCCCACCACCCAGAAUUGUUCCUUCAAACGCUCUGGGAGAAUCGGCCCAUGGACAGCUAAAGGAAGCGGGACUUUGGUUUGGUUGGGAAGAAUUGUUGGUGCAGGGGCCAGAGAGAUAGUACAGCGGGUAAGGCGCUUACCUUACACGUGUCAACCUGGGUUUGAUCCUCCACCACCACUUUGGGUCCCCUGAGCAUUGCCGGUGUGGCCCCCACAACAAAAAUCACCUGGAGCCAGAGUGAUAGUACAGCAGGGAGGGCAUUUGCCUUGUACACAGCCUACUUGGGUUGAUCCCAGGAAUCCCAUAUGAUCCCCCAAGCACUGCCAGGAGCAAUUCUUGAGUGCAGAGCCAGGAGUAAGCCUUGGCAUUGCCAGGUGUGACUCAAAGAACCAAAUAUUAACAAUAAUGCAUUGUAGCACUGUCGUCCCAUUGUUCAUCGAUUUGCUCGAGCGGGCACCAGUAACAUCUCCAUUGUGAGACUUGUUCCUGUUUUUGGCAUAGCAAAUACUCCAUGGGUAGCUUGCCAGGCUCUGCCGUGUGGGCGAGAUACUCUCGGUAGCUUGCCGGGCUCUCCGAGAGGGACGGAGGAAUCAAACCCAGGUCGGCUGCGUGCAAGGCAAAUGUCCUACCCGCUGUAAUAAUAAUAAUAAGAUUAUUUUUGAAAAACCACCCAGCAGUGCUCAGGGCUUCCUCCUGGCUCUGUGCCCAGGGAUCACUCCUAGUAAAACUCAGAGGAACAUAGGAGGAUCGGAGUUACAGUACAGUGGGUACAGGAGGUAGGGCAUUUGCCUUGCACCUGGCCGACCUGGGUUCGAUCCCCAGCAUCCCAUAUAGUCCCCCAAGCACUGUCAGGGUUAACUCCUGAGUUCAGAGGCAG